GUCCAUUCUCAAAUCGGAGCAUGAGCUUGAUUGGCGGCAUAUCUUUGGAUCUCGCGGCCACCGUCGAUUUUCUCUCGCCGUCACUGCAAGGCGACGAUCUCGAGACUGAUUUGAGGAGAAUCCCUGGAUUGAAAACCAUCCACCACCGCCGCGCCUUUGCCGAUUCGUCUGCCAAACCACAACCGGAAAAGAGGGAGGAGAGGGCGGAUGCCGAUGGAUUCAUAGAGAGGAGGGUGGGAUAUCUUAUUGUCGAUGAGGCCAUACUUGUCGAUGCCGGAGAAGAGAUGGUAUCGGAGGUGAUAAGUAUGGGGGAGGAAGGGCACGUUCGUGGAGGGGUUUGAUUUUUUUUUAUUUAAUUUAAUUUUCUUAACAUAGUUGAAAAGCAAAUAAAAAUAAAAAUUAAAUUGUGUGACUCAGCAAUUUAUUUUCGCGUAAGAUUCAACUAACGAUUGACCGGAUGGAAAAUUAACAGUUUGUCUAAUAAAUUGGUUUUGAAAAG